AUGCCGGGGUCCUCUCUCUUGGGUCGUCCGAAGCGAGAAAACGUUCGCCUUUAUCCUGCGGGGUACGCAGCAGAAGAAACAGACGCUAACGGGGAAUCCUGCAGCAGUUUGGACGGUCUUCACCCUAGACAGGUGACACAGCUCCUGUCUUCAAGUCAACUGCAGGCUCUUCUCCUCCAGCAGCAUCGUCUGAAAGAGUUGUACAAGAAACAGCAGCAGAUCCACGUGCAGUUGCUCCAGCAUCAGACGGGCAAGAGAAGCAAAGAGCUCCUCGCACAUCAUUUAGCCUUGCAGCAGCUACUCCACGUCCAGCCGCAGCAACAGGCACUUUGCUGCCCUGCAGCUGCUUUCAGCUCCGUGCACUGCAAGCAUGCUUGGAAGGAUAUGGACAGCGGAGGAGCAGAGGACGAAGACGGAGAUAGGAAGACUGAGACGGUCUGCCAGGGAGAGACAAGUGACGUCCCGUUGACCUACCCUUGCAGCACUCCUGCUGACUUAACCGCCACAGGCGUCCUCUACGGUCACGGCGUGUGCAACUGGCCGGGAUGCGAGUCCGUCUGCCAUAACCUCCGACAGUUUGUAAAGCACAUGCGCUGCGAGCACACACUAGACGACAGAAGCACGGCUCAGUGCAGAGUCCAGAUGCAAGUGGUUCAUCAGCUAGAGAUUCAGCUCCGCAAAGAACGAGAGCGCCUGCGAGCGAUGACGGCUCACCUGCUACUUCCUGCUGCGGAUCCCCACUCGGCUCCGGCAGGACCGCCUCCGACACCAUGUGAUCUGUCAGCUGACCCGCUCUGUCGGCAGCCCUCACCGAGUCCGUCACAUGGCGCCCGGGUGUCCCCCCUGCCUCUUGCCAACAUCAACUCCUCGUCGCAGAAGGAGUCCUGCCCCAUGUCGCGUGUUGAGGCCGUGAGACGCCGCCAUCACCCGUCCUUCUACUCUGCAGAAAAUGAACACGCGCUCUACAAGGACGCUGAUAUCAGACCGCCGUUUACGUACGCAACCUUGAUAAGACAGGCCAUCAUGGCGUCACCAGACAAGCAGCUCACACUCAACGAAAUCUACAACUGGUUCACUCGGACAUUCGCCUAUUUCAGACGCAACGCCGCAACCUGGAAGAACGCGGUGCGCCACAACUUGAGCUUGCACCGCUGCUUCGUGAGACUGGAGACCGCCAAGGGCGCGGUGUGGACGGUGGACGAGGUGGAGUACCAGCGCAGGAGGUCCCAGAAGAUGACGGGGAGUCCGCCUUUGAUGAAGAGCGGCCAUUUUGGGUCCGUUUUUUAAACACCAGCUGACAGACGCCGUUUACUGACGUGACAUUGUCUAGUUUCUGGAAACGACAAACGCGCACGAGUCCAGCAGUACGCUUUGGAAAUGCAACCGAACGGUAAAUAAUGGCGGUCUACAGCUGGGCGUGAUUCAAAAUGCCGACCAGAAGGACUCAUUAAGACUCAAAUAUUGUCAUUAAAUAUUCAUAUUGUGGCAUAAAAUAUGCUACAAGUAGAGAUAUUGGUUGGACAAGGAGAGCCGUAGUUUACGUAC